CGCUGUCAGUCCUGGUGUUGUGGCCUACGCUCGCCCGCGGCCGGGUGCCUUGUUGAGUCCGGUGGGAGGCGCCCUAAGUUCGCUUUCGGGGUCCGGAUCAGAGUCGCUCGGUCGCCCGUUCCCGGCGGUGUUCGGUGCCGGAAGUGUCUGUUCAGGCAGCUCGGGCAGCGGGUUGGCGUAUAUAUCGUCCGCGGUGGACCAGGCCGUCACUGCUGGCGUGGGUAAUAACGCCAAGGUGGAGCUGAUUGAGUACUGUCAGAAGUUCAAGAUCGUGCCACUGCCCAAGUUCGAGUGCACAGUAACCACUGGUGCCGAGAAUGGACGUGCAUCCAUCCGGUGUGUUUGCACCAAACCGCCCUUCACUACAUCAGGCGAGGGGCACAACAAGAAAAUCGCCGAACGUAUCGCCAGCUGCGAAAUGCUGCAAAUUCUAAAGACCCACCUGCCACGGUCCCGUUUCCCCCCGGGACCGCACGUGUCGGGAAUUGCAAAAGGCGGCGCGGCCUCCGAGCAGGCUGCUCCGCCCGCCCACGAGACGGAGCCACCCGGGUUUGAGCCGGGAGCGACCCCGGACAACCCGAAGGGUGCGCUGCAAGAGUAUGCGCAGAAGCACGGCUACUCACUGCCAGUGUACCAAGACCUUGGUCAACCUGAAGGUCCCGUGCACUCUCCCACCUUUGUGAUCAGUUGCUCCAUAUCCAGCAAGGACGGUACGACACGGGUGUUCGAGACGGAGGGAAAAGGCAACAGUCGAAAAGCCGCCAGUCGAGAAGCCGCUCUCAAACUCUACUAUCAGAUCACUCGACCUAGCUCCCGCGGCGUCUUGGGACCAGAAGCCCGGACGACAACGACGACCCGGAAGACCGAAACGGCAACCCGGACAUCGGCGGAGACCCGGGCUGGUAAGUCGUCUGCCGCAAAGACGGUUCCUCGCGACCAGGAAGACGAAGACGAAGAAAUUCCUUCCACGGCUGGCCUGGGCGACUUUUUGCAAGACGUCCCGCGGGAUCCUGUCGUCAGCACGCCCGUGGUCAGUCCCCCACGGUCGGACCUUCCGCCGCCGCCGGAACCUUCACGAGCGGCGCUUCCUCACCGGUCGCGGUACUUUGACGACACGCGCCCGCCGUUUACGGGAGGUAUCUUGAACCGGCCGAGCGAGUCGGAGUUAGGCAGCCGCCAUCCCGACAAUCUCCACCCCGGCAGUCCCGACCUCGGCCUGAACGGAGAACACCAAAGCGGUGCGGAGACCGCGCCGAAGGUGGAGAAGUCGGAGGACGUGGCGACCAAGGAAGAGCCGGCCACGUCCACGGCGGGCGAGUUAACGGAGCAGCAGGAGUGGACAUUGCGGAGCGCAGACACCUCGGACAGUCGCUUCGCCGACGGCCGUUUCCUCCACAGCGGUUUCUCCGAUAGUCGCCGGAGUAAUCUGUUGGCCUUGUUCCAAAACGACGACCACCUAACCACCCCGUCGGGACGCAUGUUGGCGCCUCGUUUCGAGGCCUCGGCGGCGGGCUCGGAGUCUGCAUUUCCGUCCACGCUCGGCGCCUCGACGGUCGUCGCCGGCGGUUACGAAAUGACGGACCGAGCGAGGCGGAGUCGCACUGCGCACACUCGCGACGACUCGGCACUUGGCGACUCGGCACAUGGCGAUUCGGCACAUGGCGAUUCGGCACUUGGCGACCGGCCGUUGGGCGACCUGGAAGAGGGCGCCAUCGACGAAGAGCGACUGCGACGACUCUGUGGCCUCCCGGGCGAACCGCGGUAG